ACCCCCUCUGCCGACUCAUCAUCUCAGCGAGCGGCUCCGCCACUCCUUGACGUGAAAUUGGCCGGCAUAUACAACGUAUCGCGCAAUCCUCCUGGCUUUAUCAAUGCUCUGGCGCUUGGACCGCAGGGACGCCGAGGUGUAUGGAUCGAGAGGUCGAUGGAUGUGCCCACUUGGAGGAUCCUCGUGUUUUCUGCUCCUGGGGAGACAGACCUUGCAAAUUUGGGACACCACAGCGCGCGGGUUUCCGUUGCCAAGCCAUUCGAAGACGGGGCAGGCCUCAAUCACAGCGAAACCGACUCAAUGGACGAUCAGUCUGACGAGUCUUCAAGCGAGGACAAUGAACAUGAGGCGCGGAAUGAUUGCUCUCUGCUUGCCCCAUUGAUCGAGGCACAUACGGUGUACGAAUUAACCACCUAUGAUCUACGAGAAGAUCUACUCUCUCUCGGACUUGCUGAAGUCUCGGGUCGGAUAGCACUUGGAACACGAUUUGGACAAAUACGAAUGAUCUGAACGUGAACCGUGUACUUUGCACCACUUUCACUAGAGGAGUUGAGAUAUAUGUUCAUUGUUGUUGUGGAUUUAAGCUUCCAUUCAACAGCCCCGGAACGAAGAAUGACAUUUAUGUAAUCGAGGCAUUAUAGACUGUGCAUAUUUAUCGCGAUCCCAUGGUAUCUUACAAUCCCCCUAGAACCAUGUCUAGCUUCGCCAGUAUUGAGCCAAGUCGUGGAACCGAUCCACGACUUUCGUAAAGUAGGAUGUCUCAUUCAGUAACGUCUCGAACUGCUUGAUUGCCUCCUCUUCUGUCAAGUCGAGCAAAAACUUCUCCUGUAUCUGCUCAUGCACGUUGCGAUGCUUGAUGUCAGGUAUGUUGGCAUCCACCAUGAGGGUUACCAAGUUCAAGAUAAGGUUUGCACUCUUGCGUAGGAUGGUGAACGCCGUGAAGCAAAAGUUCUUGAACCGCGCGUAGUGCAAGGAUUGG